GAAACCGUAAUAAUCUGUCAACUACGUUGUGGCGAUCUAUUCUAUUUAGGGUUGCUUAUCCAAAUGAAACUAAAAUAUUCCAAUUUUGUCCUCGACGAGCCAUUGACUCUAAGUCUCCUAUUACGCACUCAUCUUCCUUCUCCUAUAUCAUCAUCCUCCAUCUCCACCAUUGUUGCUCAGUUUCUUCUGCAACAAUGGCGAUUCCCUUCCUUUCUCUACUCUUACCAUUCUUUUUCCUCUCACUCUCAAGUGCAGAAAUCUCCAGCCUCGUCGGAAUCAACUACGGUCAGCUCGGCAACAACCUCCCUCCGCCGUCUGAUUCCGUCAAUUUAAUCAAAUCCCUAAAUGCCCAAAUCGUCAAAAUCUACGAUGCAAAUCCCCAAAUCCUCAAAACCCUAAAAAACACCGAUCUGCGAGUCUCUGUUAUGGUCCCUAACGACCUCAUCAUCAACAUUUCUUCUAACCAAAAUCUCGCCGACGACUGGGUUCGGACCAAUGUCCGGCCAUUUUACCCCCAAACCAAAAUCCGUUACCUCCUCGUCGGAAACGAAAUCGUUUCCUCCACUGGAAACGAAACCUGGUUCAGUUUAGUACCGGCGAUGCGCAGAAUCAAACGCUCUUUGAAAACUUACGGUAUUCGUAAAGUGAAAGUCGGAACAUCCUCCGCCAUGGAUGUUCUUCAAUCGUCUUUUCCGCCAUCGAACGGGACUUUCCGGGCGGAUAUUGCUGAGCGAGUUAUGAAACCGAUGUUGCAGUUUCUGAACCGGACGAAAUCGUUCUUCUUCCUUGAUGUGUAUCCGUAUUUUCCUUGGGCAAUAGAUUCGGUUAAUAUCAAACUCGAUUAUGCUCUGUUUGAAUCGAAGAACAUCACGUAUUCGGAUCCGGGUUCGGGUUUGAUUUACACGAAUCUCUUCGAUCAAAUGGUGGACUCGGUGAUUUUCGCUAUGAAACGUCUCGGGUUUCCCGAUGUGCGAGUCUUUAUCGCCGAAACUGGUUGGCCUAACGGCGGCGAUUACGACCAAAUCGGCGCCAGCAUUCACAACGCCGCCGUCUACAACCGGAAUAUCGUCAAACGGGUCACAUCCAAGCCACCGGUUGGUACACCGGCUCGACCGGGCCGGGUCCUGCCGACGAUUAUAUUCUCUUUGUAUAAUGAGAAUCAGAAACCGGGCCCGGGUACGGAGAGGCAUUUCGGACUGUUGUAUCCGAACCGGACGGCGGUAUAUGAGAUGGAUUUGAGUGGUUCCACGCCGGAGACGGAAUUUAAGCCGCUGCCGGCGGCGGAAACUAAUGAGCCGUACAAGGGGAAGAUUUGGUGCGUAGUGGGGAAGGGGGCGAAUAUGAGUGACGUUGUUGGGGCUUUAUCGUAUGCUUGCUCGCAGGGGAAUAAAACCUGUGAACCGAUCCGGAAAGGCGGUCCGUGUUAUGAACCGGAUUCUUUAAAACGACAUGCGAGCUUUGCGUUUAGUUCAUACUGGGCCCAGUUUAGAAAGGUUGGUGGGACCUGUUACUUUAAUGGCUUGGCAACUCAAACCAUCAAAGACCCAAGUUAUGGAAAAUGCAAGUUCCCGAGCGUAGUGUUGCAAGGAUAAUAACGUAAUUGCGCAAUUUUUUAGUUUUUAAUUUUUAGUUUAUUAUAAAUAAGUUCUAAUUUUGAUUGUUGAAUUAGGAGGGUGGUUUGGGCAUCCCAUUUCUAUUUUAUUUUAUUUAUUUUUAAUUUUUAAAAAUAUCAGUGAACGAAGGGCUGAAUUGGAAAAAUUACAAAACAAUUAAAUGGCAAAUUUGACCCCAAUAAUUUAGAAAAAAAAUUAAAAUUUAGUCAAUCAAUUUAUAAUUAGAAUUUAGUUUAUAUGAUUUGAUAAAUCUCUCAUAAAUAAUUCUAUAAAAUUACUACUUAUGAGGUUUUAUCAAUCACAAAAAUUAAAUUCUAAUGUUUAAAAUUGUAUUAAGUAAAUUCUAAUUUUUUUUUUAAAAAAAAUUAUAGGGAUUAAAAAUUUGUAAUUUAAUCUAAAAUCGGUUUGAUGUUAGAAAAAAAAAAUGGUAGAAACUAUUUUAUUUUGUUGGUGAGAAUGAAAUGGGGCGCCCAAAUCACUUUACCGAUUUUUUUGAUGUAGAAUUUGACUAAUUCCACUCCCUAUUGUCUUCUUUUGUGCCUUGUCUUUUUCAUCAACGCGUGGAACACUUUUUCAACGGCCGUUUUUAUGCAACCCAACGGCUAUUUUCUC